CUAACCGCCAAACCAGGCAGGAGGUGGCCGGCAAACACUGUUCUUUUACCUGUAAUGACUGUUAUGUGAGGAAGAAGGAACGAAGUUUAACUAUAUAGUAGAAGUCGAGCGUUUUUGUACUUGUAGUGUUCGAACUCGUCCGUUACUUGUUUGGCAAGGUUGAGAGUAAACUGUUGACGAUUUAUAUGGAAACGUAACGUCUGAAACUGAAGGAGGAGUUUGCUUGAAAAGUGGUGUCAGUAGUGAACGUAAACUAGUUUAGAAUUUGUUUUAUCCAAUUCAACUGUAGCCUAGAUAUCCAUAUUAGAUAUUUGAACUGAAUAUUGUUAUAUGAACUGAGUGUUACCACAGAGAGGGGAUACAUAUAUAGUGGUGUUAACAAAAGCAAUAAUGCCUGAAGUAACAGGAACAGUUUCCAGUGUGGAAGAAGAAGCUGGAAGUGCCAAGUCACAGACAAAUGGUACAAUUGAAAAUGGUAUCUCUUCCACGAGCCCUGAGAAGAAAUCUCCAGAAAAAAAUGAAGGUGAAAUCCUCCUUGCCCAGGGGAAACGCCAUCUCUUCAUAAAGGACUAUUCCAAUGCUGUGGCUACUCUUGGAGAUGCCUGCGCCAAAUUGUCUGAGAUGUUUGGAGAAUUGGCAGAUGAGUGUGUGGAUGCUUACUUCAGCUAUGGCCGUGCCCUUCUGGAACUGGCAAGGGAAGAGAGCAAUGUACUAGGUACCGAGCCAGAGAAAGAAAACAGUGAAGAAGAAGAAGAGGAUGGAGAGGAAGAGGGAGAGAAUAAGCCAAAAGAUGAAGCAGAAGAUGAUAAGACAACAUCGGAUCAAAAUGAAGAAGAGGAAAAAUUAAAAGAAAAUACAAGUGAAGAAAAAGAAACAGAAGAGUCUCCUGCAGAUGAAACUAUUGACACAACAAAAAUUGUUGAAGAUGGAGAAGAUGGAGCUGAUGAAGAAAAGGAGGAGGAUGUAGACAAUUUACAACUUGCCUGGGAGGUUUUUGAACUAGCCAAGAAAAUCUAUGAGCGCCAAAAUUCAGAUGCAAAACUAGCAGAGACUUAUCUCUACCUCGGUGAAGUUGCUUUGGAGUCAGAAAACUACAAUAAUGCCAUUGAAGACAUGAAAAGAUGUGUUGAAAUUCAGAAGCAGAUUCUUCCCCCUGAUCAUCGUGACAUAGCGGAAACUUAUUUCCAACUAGGAGUAGCAUGCUCGCUAUGUAAUGAGUUUGAUGAAGCAAUAAUGAACUUCCAAACUUCCAGUGAUAUCUUAGAAAUGAGGAUAAAGAAUCUGGAGGAAAAGGGAGCGCCGGAAGGAGAGACAGAAAGAAACCCAUUUUAUUCUGUUGAAAAAGAAGUGGCUGAAAUCAAAGCUUUACUGCCUGAAAUUAAAGCGAAAAUAUCUGAUAUGGAAGAUUUUAAACAGGAGACUAUCAAAGGUGUGAUGGAAACACUGAAGGAGAAGCCUCAAAGUAGUGAUGGUGCUGGACCAUCAUCUGCUCCUCCCAUUGCCAAUGGUAGCACACCCAAACCUGCAACAGAUAUCUCUCAUCUUGUUCGCAAGAAGAGAAAACCUGAAGAGGAUACUUCCAGUGAACCUGUUGUAAAGAAAGCUUGCACGACUGAGGUUAAAAAAUAAUGUUUUGUUCUCUUAAGUGAUCUGAACUUUGUAAUGCAGGUUUGUUGUAAUAUAUUUGACAUUUUAUGUGAAGAAUGAAUGUAUAUUUCUAAGUAAACUACUAAGACAUUUUUUGUAUUAAGUAUAUUCUUUUACAUAAAAAUCUUAGGGUAAUAACUAGAGGAUGUUGUGUUGUCAAAGAGACUAUAAAAAUAUUCAAGUAAUUAAGUGCUAGCUUUAUUUUAGAAUGAUAGUCAUAUAAUGUAUUUUGUAUAUUCUGUAAAUGCACUGUUAGUUUUUAGUAAUGCUGCGAUUAUUGUUUUAAUUUUGUUCGGCACAAUCUAUUCUGUGAAGUUUCAUAACCAUUAUUGUUUUGUCAAAACACAAAUUCAAUUUCCUAUUCAUUGCAAAGCAUUAUUAUAAUUAUUACAUACUUUUGACAUUUCCUAAUUUAAGUUGAAAGCUAGUAAAUUUGGUUGAAAUAAUAUAUCUAAAUUUAAUUGUAAUUUUAUAAUAAAGCUGGUGAUUUUAAAUUGUUAAUUUGUGUACAAAAUGCAAAUUAUUUUAAUAAUUUACUUGCAGUUGACGAUUUUGUAUUAAAUAAUUAAAUUAUUUGAAAAAUCACCGGAUAAAAAAACAAUGUAUGAAAUUUGGAUAAAAAUACAGCAUACCAACUUUGUUAAAAGUGAA